ACAGAGCUCCGAAAGGCAGGGUCGGUUUCCUGCCGGGGUAAGCACGUGGUUCCGUAUGUGUGUCAGUCGGAGGUUUUCUGAGCUCCCCCUCUCUCUUUCCCACAGCCAGCUAACAUUCAUUUUCCAGCACUUUUAUCCUCUACCAACCCACAACGAUUCGAAACGGCAACCGGGAGUAGUGUGUUGUGCCAUCCGAUCCAUCUCGUUCGCGGGUCAUGACGCUCGAGGCGAUCCGUUACCGGGCCGGAUCUCUGCAGAUUCUUAACCAGCUGCUCCUACCGCAUGAGACUGUGUUCGACGAGGUCCGCACGGUGCAGGACGGCUAUGAAGCGAUCAAGUCCAUGAAGGUGCGGGGGGCUCCUGCAAUUGCCAUCGUAGGUUGUCUGAGCCUGGCAGUGGAGCUGCGCGCGGGCGCCGGGGGCAACGACCCCGUGACCUUCAUCAGGGAAUCUCUGUGUCACCUGACCUCUGCAAGACCCACGGCCGUCAACAUGGGCCGGGCUGCCCGAGAGCUGAUGGAGUUUGCCGAGAACGAGAGCAUGGAGAAAAACCCAGAACAACUCACAGAGAGUGUGAUUGGCUGGAUCGAGGAGAUGCUGGAGCGUGAUGUCAAUGACAACAAGAAGAUCGGUAACUACGGAGCUCAACACAUCCUGUCUGGUGUUCCCCGAGACUCUGUCACCAUCCUAACACACUGCAACACCGGCUCACUGGCCACUGCAGGAUACGGCACCGCCCUGGGUGUGGUGCGUUCCCUCCAUACUCUAGGUAGACUGAAGCGUAUGUAUUGUACAGAGACCAGGCCCUAUAACCAAGGGGCCAGACUGACAGCCUAUGAGGCUGUGGCUGAAGGGUUCCCUGCUACUCUCAUCACAGACAGCAUGGCUGCACUCACCAUGAGAGAGAAGAGCAUCACAGCUGUGGUCGUCGGGGCCGACAGGGUGGUUGCUAACGGCGACACGGCCAACAAAAUCGGCACGUACCAGCUGGCCAUUGCCGCAAAGCACCAUGGGAUCCCGUUCUACGUGGCGGCGCCCAGCACGUCAUGUGACCUGAGUCUGGAGAGCGGCCGGCACAUUGUCAUCGAGGAGCGCCCCGCCGAGGAACUCACCAGCAUCAACGGAGUACCCAUUGCUGCCCCGGGUAUUGAUGUGUGGAACCCGGCGUUUGACGUGACCCCCCACCAGCUGAUAACGGGGGGCAUCAUCACAGAGCUGGGGGUGUUUCUGCCCUCGGAGCUGCAGGCAGCACUCACCGGCCGUCUCACUGCCCUGUAGACGGCGCUAUCACCACCCGCUGGCCGCCGAGCGCUACUGCACCUUAUUAUUCCUGCUCUCACUCUCUCAUAUGACUUAUACGUCCUCACACACACAGAUGAGGUGGAAGUCAGUUUUGUUACAUUCACAUACACACACACACACAGUCAGUGUUACACAAACAUACACACUCACGCGUUUUACGGUCUCACACACACAUUAUGCAGUAACUCAGACACAUGCACACCUACAAUCCCCGACUCCUGUCCCUCCCUCUCUCUCUCCUCUCUCUGGUCUCUCCUGUGUUCAUCUCUUGUCCAGUGAUCUAUAUCCCUGUCGCUGUGUGAAGCUCUUGCGCUCCUUCUCUCUCUCCCUCCUACAAAAUGGCUUCCGCAGUGACAAUCAAGGCUCAGCUUGACUCCGCCUUUAAGUCAGACCAGUAACAGUGAUUGGUUAAUAAGUAGCGUGACUAAAAUUCUGGUCUCUGUUUGAAAAACUAAACCUGUUCAACCAGGAAGAGACCAUUAGCCUGUGUUUUCUUUCCCUUACAGGGUUCUUACUAGUGAACCCAUUUGUCUAUUAAAAGCUUUUUGAACACUU